GCCGGCGUCUCCCCCCCGCAGGUUUUGGCAUGAACAGGAUUCGGAUCCACGUGCUGCCGUCGAGCCGAGGCCGCCUGGCGCCGGGGCCGCGGCCGCAGGAGCCUCCCCUGUGUGCCUUUACCCACCGGCAGUGCUCACAGCCGCGCCUCGAGGGCCAGGAGUUCUGCAUCAAGCACAUCCUGGAGGACAGGAGCGCCCCGUUCAAGCAGUGCAGCUACGUGUCGGCCAAGAACGGGAAGCGGUGCCCAAAUGCCGCCCCCAAACCGGAGAAGAAGGACGGCGUGUCGUUCUGCGCCGAGCACGCCCGUCGCAACGCCCUGGCUCUCCAAGCCCAGCUGAAAAAGUCCAACCCUGGACCCGCAAGCGAGACUCUGCUUUGCCAGCUCAGCUCCUACGCCAAAACAGAGCUGGGCUCCCAGGCUGCAGAGAGCAGCCGCAGCGAAGCCAGUUGCAUCCUAGACGAGGACAGUUGGAGCGAUGGUGAGCAGGACCCUCUCACGGUGGAGCAGACGUGGCGAGGGGACCCGGACAGCGAGGCCGACAGCAUCGACAGCGACCAGGAGGAUCCCUUAAAGCACGCUGGGGUAUACACAGCCGAGGAGGUGGCUUUAAUCAUGCGGGAGAAGCUGAUCCGCCUGCAGUCCCUGUACAUCGACCAGUUCAAACGACUGCAGCACCUUCUGAAGGAGAAGAAACGUCGAUACCUGCACAGCCGCAAGGGAGAGCACGAAGCCAUAGGCAGCAGCCUCCUCACGGGCCCGGAAGGCCUCAUGGCCAAGGAGCGGGAGAACCUGAAGCGCCUCAAGUGCCUGCGGCGCUACCGGCAGCGCUUCGGCGUGGAGGCCCUGCUGCACCGGCAGCUGCGGGAGCGCAGGGUGCUGGCGACCGACGGCGCCGCGCAGCAGGCACACACCACCCGCUCCAGCCAGAGGUGCUUGGCCUUCGUCGACGACGUGCGAUGCUCCAACCAGUCCCUGCCCAUGACCAGGCACUGCCUUACCCACAUCUGUCAAGACCCCAAUCAGACCCUCUUCAAGCCGUGCCAAGGCUCCGAGGAGGCGCCGUGCCACAAGCCUGUCCCCGUGAGCCUCGCGGAGGAGCCGUGCUGCCCGCUGCACCUGCGCCUGCCGCCGCAGAUGUACGUGCCCGAGCGCGUCCUCUCCGCCCCGGAGGAGCUGGAAGCUGCCCCCUCGGAGCUGUACCUGAGCGCCGCCGAGCUGCAGCCCACGGAGAACUUGCCCCUGGAGUUCAGCGAUGAUUUGGACGUGGUGGGUGACGGGCUGCAGUGCCCCCCGUCGCCGCUGCUCUUCGAUCCCUCCGCGGCCCUCGAGCAGUCCCUGCGAGACGCGGCCGAGGCCCCCAUCGACAUCCUGGCCCUCGAGGAGCCGGCGCCGGCGGGGAUCCUGCCCCACGCGGUGCCGCCGGACAGAGGGACCUUGUCCGGCCACGUCUUCCCGCCGCCCACAGAGCCUCUCACCGAGCUCCCGGCACAGGGUCCCCUGGCGCUGCCCGGCAGCCGCCUUGUCCCCAAGGACGAGCGGAGGCGGGAGGAAGCGGCGGCCUCCGGACAGGCCCGUGGAGCGGCCGCCAACGGGAGCCUGGAUCCGGCCUCCGUGAGCUGAGCCCGCGUGAGCUCUUCCCAGAGCCCUUCCCGGAGCAGCAGGCUCCGAACGCGCGGAGCAGCCCUUGGACUCCAGCCUGUCCCUGCCCUCCGUGCCCAGGGAGAGUCCGACAGCCGCAGGGGGAAAGCCGGAGGUGGCCGGGAUCCGUGGGCCGCCCCACAGGGAGAGGACAGGGCCGUUCUCCGCAAUCCCGGAGCUCUGGGUGCCCCGGAGAGGCGGGAUGGGUCGGGCAGGGCCCGCUUGGGAGCAGUGCAGCUUCCUGCCUGGAUUCGCCACGGGGGUGCCCGUCCUGUGGG